AUUUAAAUGGCUUGGGAUUACAUAAGUAUAAGCAGGAAGGCAAAAAUAGAAUGUUAAGUAAGAGAUUCUUAAGCUUGUUGAAGUUCAUGGCGGGUCCUUGAACCUGGCUGAUGGUACGUUUGAGUGCACCGAUCGGAAGUGACCGUAGUUGAGAGAAGAUAGAAUGAAAGAAAUAAAGCUAAGAGAGUGGGGAAGGAGUAAAAACUGGUAGGCUGGAUCUUCAUCUUCCGUAGUCUUUUGUCAGUUACGAGACAAGCAAGUUCUAUUACUAUCAGCAUCAUGGUGUUCGUCAUAAAUAUGAGAGUCUUCAAAACAAUAUUUACUCUCUUGAUUGCGGUUACGAGUUUAGUCCAAGCUGGGCCAGCCUCAUUUUUACGGCUAGAACAUAGGACUGAUGAUGAUUCUCUACUUCCUAUGGAUAAUUUGGAGUUUUCUACUACCAACAGCAGUUCAACGACUUCACCGUCCCAGGACACUUACGAUCAACGUCAAAAUGGAACGGAAAAUUAUCAAAUUCAUGUAGAUGGUUUUGUUAUCGUCGUUGCACCGGUGGAAGCUCUUUUGCUGGCUGAUGCGGUUUCUGGAGGCGGUAACAAUGAUUUUCUUCCUGGACUUGCGGGAGCUGCUAGUAAGCCAUCACAAUCUAAACCUGAAGAACCGAAACCAACGCAAAAGCCUAUUGAAGAAAAACCUGAUACGCUAAUCAAAAAAUCAGUACCCAGGCCUCACGUCAGACUUGUCAGCUUCUUAACACCAUUCCUACGAAAAAUUGCACAGCAUUGAAUUUAUUCUGAAGAUUUCUUCUUAAUUAAUUCUAAUUACUUAUAAAUGAUAAUUAAAAGUGAUAAUUUUUUUUUUUUUAUU